AAAAUUCCACUGUAAAAGACCGUGUAUGGGUAGCUUAUCGCCAUGGAGUGUAUGACAUAACGGAUUUCAUUGCAAAGCAUCCAGGUGGAAAUGCAAUUAUGAUGGGGGCAGGGGGCUCUGUAGAGCCUUUCUGGACACUUUAUGCAGUUCAUCAGAAGAAAUUUGUUUUAGAAUUGUUUGAGAAGUACAGAAUAGGGAAUUUGGCUGCUGAGGAUGUAGGUACUUCAGUAAAAGGUAUGAAUGAUCCAUUUGACAGUGAACCAAGAAGACAUGUGGCAUUGAAGCCUUCCUCUGAGAAACCUUUUAAUGGAGAACCACCUUUGUCCUUAUUGGUGGAGAAUCUAAUAACUCCAAAUGAGCUGUUUUAUGUGCGAAAUCAUCUUCCUGUGCCAGAUGUGGAUGUUGCAACUUAUGAACUGGAAAUCUGCAGUGAAGGAGCUAAGGAAGAGAAGAGCUUCACACUUGACGAUAUUAAGAGAUAUCCCAAACAUACUAUUACUGCUAGUCUUCAGUGUGGUGGUAACCGCAGAUCAGAGAUGGCUAAGGGUCGGUGCCGUACAUGUACGGCUUGAGAGCCAGGGUUGAUGCUGUACUUAUACACCAAAAUUCUAGCGCCUUCAAAUUGAGCAGAAGAAAGCUGGUAGGCCUUCAUAUGAAAGAAUGGGUCUGCGUGGUCAAUUUGCACAGUAUAAAAAAAAUCCUGCAGCACACAAUGCAUAAUGAGAUAAAAAAUAGCUCCGACUGUGUUUUUGGUUUAAAACAGCGACUUUGCAGUGUAUUUUCGUAUAGCAUUUAUGGUUGUAUUCUCGUUUUCUUGGUCUCAUUUGAUAGAAUGGAAGAUAUAUUACAGAAAUAGAAAUGAUUUUGAUUGGUUUCACGAUGAAACGUACAUUGAAAUUGAGCUCAAAUUAGUGAAAAUGUUUGAUUUUUGCCAAUGUUCAAGAGUAAACAAAUCACGCCACGCAUCCAAUACACGUCAACUGGUGAGUCUAAUAUUCUUUCACAAGUGCGCUGAUAUUAUUUAUAUUAUUUUUACAAUAAUGCAGUAAUCAGUAUAACAGUAAAUCUUCUAUUUUCUGUGAGAAGAAAAAUUCAAAAUGGAAAGCAAGAGUAAUAUAAGAGGGGACUGGAGACAUGACUAAUGAACAGAAAGAAUAUUAUUUUAUUGCCAGGAAUGUCUGUCUUGUUUAUUCUGGACCCCAUUUUUAUAUUGGCAUCUUUUGAAAUUUGUGUGAAAUUGGCCACAUUGCCAAUUUCUGAUCUCUUUAUUGAGUAGUUGAAAUCGGUAAAUGGGCAGUUUCUUGUACUCAGUCGACAGAACAAAUAGAGUUCUAGCAAAAUAGCUAUGAUUUUAGUUGACUGGAACAAUGGAUUUGGCCGAAAAUAGUCAAAUAGGUGAAACCGCCGAUGCAUAAAUAUCACAGAUAUCACUAAUUUUGCAAGAGCGUAAUUUCAUAAGUUUUUCAUCAAAUUUCGUACUUUUGUUGUCAUUACCAUCAGGAAAAGAUUCUCUAUCAUUUCAUAAAAAAUUUUUUUUUUUUUGACCCUGAGAGUGAGUUCAGGAUCGGGGGUCUUGACCUUGAAAGUGUUAAGAGGAAAGUGAUGUUGACCCUGAGUAUAGUGGCUUUGAGAUGGAUGUGGAAAUAUCAAAAACCUCGUUUAUAACCCAUAUGCAACAUCCUUUCAAUUUUGAUACCACUGGUAGUGUCAUCCUGCCAGAAUAUCCUAUAACCUAAAUCCUAAGUAAAGAGAAACAAUUCUGAAACGUGUAAUACGUGUUCGGCAGGCUGGCUGGCUGGCCAGUGGCUGGAUGGGUGGCUGAUUGACUUUGGCUGUCUCUCUCACUGUCUGUCUGUCUAUCUAUCCAUCUAUCUCUAUCUCACAAGUACACAUAAAUACAGUAAAUUACCUAGGGUAACCCAGAAAUAAUCCAGACGAAGUGCUGUACUGUACCUGUAGAUAUAAGGCAUAAUAAGCAUGACUGGCAAGUAAUAUGCAUUUUCACUUGUUUAGUAAUCAGACGUGACGACUCUGCAUUGUGUGUAUGUAAUACCUAUUGGUUCAUGAGUGGCUCUGAGACAGAGAGGGAGACAGGCAAACAGAGAGACAGGAAGACAGACACACAGGCAGACAGAUAAGCAGAGACAGAGAUAAACAGAGACAGAGCUAGACAGACAGAUAAACAGACAGAUAGAUGCAGACAUGUUUAUGUGUAACAGUGAAAACAAAGCCAAUGCAUUGCAUGCUCAUCAAGUGUCACUCCACUGCUGCACUGUCAGCAGUGGAGUGACACUCGUCUUAAACCAUGCUUCAAGGAGUUUCAAAUAUACGCCAGCAUGUCUGAAAUAGAUAGUAGAUUGGUAGACAGCAACCACCCAGGGAGGUACUACCAUCCUGCCAGGUAAGUGUGAAACGAAAGCCUGUAAUUGUUUUACAUGAUGGUAGGAUUGCUGGUGUCUUUUGUCUGUCUCAUAAUUAUGCAAGAUUGCAGGUACGUCUUGCUACUUCUACUUACACUUAGGUCACACUACACAUACAUGUACAUGUUUAUUUAUACACGCUCAUCUGAGUUUUCUUUGAUUUUAUCUUAAUAGUUCUUGGUCUUAUUACUUUUCCUUUUAUAUCCAUGGGGAAGUGGAAUAAGAAUCUUUCCUCCGUAAGCCAUGUGUGUUGUAAAAGUGAACUAAAAUGCCGGGAACAAUGGGCUAGUAACCCCUUUUCCUGUAAUAAUUACCAAAAAGAAUAAGAAGAAGAAAAUUGUCAAAGUGGGAAGUCUGAAUAUGCGUGAAUGUUGUGCAAAUGAUAAGAAAGAAGUGAUUGUGGAUGUUAUGAAUGAGAAGAAGCUGGAUGUCCGGCUUUAAGUGAAACAAAGCUGAAGGGGGUGGGAGAGUUUCAGUGGAGAGAAAUAAAUGGGAUAAGGUCAGGGGUUUCAAAUAGAGUUAGGGCUAAAGAAGGAGUAGCAAUAAUGUUGAAGGAUAAGUUAUGGCAGGAAAAGAGGGACUAUAAAUGUAUUAAUUCUAGGAUUAUGUGGAGCAAAAUAAAGGUUGGAUGUGAAAAGUGGGUUAUAGCAAGCGUAUAUGCACCUGGAGAAGAGAGAAGUGUAGAGAGAGAGAGAGAUUUUGGGAAAUGUUGAGUGAAUGCAUGGGGAGUUUUGAACCAAGUGUGAGAGUAAUGGUGGUUGGGGAUUUCAAUGCUAAAGUGGGUAAAAAUGUUGUUGAGGGAGUAGUAGGUAAAUUUGGGGUGCCAGGGGUAAAUGAAAAUGGGGAGCCUUUAAUUGAGCUAUGUGUAGAAAGAGGUUUGGUAAUACAUAUUUUAUGAAGAGGAUAAACAAAUAUACAAGGUAUGAUAUAGCACGUAAUGAAAGUAUAGUAGAACCUCUACUUGCGAGUUUAAUCCGUUCUAUUGUCAGCAUAGUUGCUGAUCCUCCUUACGUAUGUUGUAUAGCUUAGCUGAGUAUCAUAGUACCAUCCAUGUGUUUAUAUAGAAGAUCCUUAUUAGGCCUAGUGACUGUAUGACGUCACGGGAUGCGCAGGAGUGAGUGGGACCCACUACCUCGCUCCCACUCUACGCUUAGACAUACAGCAGGCGGUAACACGGCAGGCUGGGCCCCAUCCCUUACCACAGUCUGACAAUAUAUAGCGUUACCAUCCACAAGUGUGUAUAUCUUCAACCAUCAUAUCUCCUUCCGAACCCCCACGACAAAUUGGUGGCAGCGGUGGGCCUGUAAUUCUGAUGAUUACAGCGAUUUCUGGAGAUAAAUUUCUACUGAGCCGGUCGCCAUCUUGUGAUGCUAGGCCUGCCGAGAAGGGUAACGCUUGACCUACCCCAAGCCAGCUACCUCAAGCGUCUACCAGCCUCUACAUUACUCAUUGGUCAGUCUCUGUGUAUAAGUGUUUAUCUGCUUAUUUGCAUCACUCCCGAGGGGUUGAUGCGAGUUUGCAAAGUAAGCAAAACCAGCACGACAGUCUGUGGUGGGGGAGUCAGACUAAGUCCAGUCCAGCCUAGCCUUACACCAUCCAACCUUGCCUGCCAAGCCAGCUUUCCACCCCUGCUGUGCUCAUCGUUAGAAGUUAUCAAGCCAUUCUGUGUGAAGGGUUAAGCCAAGCCAGCCAGCAACUAACCCAGGUGACUAACCCAGUACUAAAGCAAGCCACGUGGGUACAGUCUUCCUCAUCGCUUUGUGCUUCAAGUUCUAGCCAUUCUGUGUGCUUUAUAAUCCCUGUGGUGUUGUGGUAUUUCGCGGGUUUGUUUUUAAGCCACCUGGCUUAGAAUAUUUUCGAGCCUAGUGAGGGUGUCCCCAGUGAGGCUUACGCCGUUCAUCCCAUAGGCCCAGUCACCAUGAGGUGUCUCACCACCGCUGCCUCAGCCGCCUCACCCACCCACCCCAACCACUACCACUGUUUUGUACCCUUAUUACGGGUUCUAGCACCAUAUUUUAAGGACCACAUAGGGGGUCAAGAGCCAGUGUGUGUUAAUUUUCAUGCAUUAUUUUAUGUAUGUUGUGUUGUGUUUCUUUUUUAUAUAUACUUGAAGUAAGUACAUUAAUGUUUUUCCUUGUUGUGUGCAACAUAUAAGCAGUAUAGAAUUUGUGUUACACUUCACAAUUACCUUGUGUUCACAGUAUUGCAGUGAAGUAAUUCAGUAAUUUAUUACCUUGUAUUCUGCAUCACAACUCAUUGUUGUCUGUUAUAUUUUUCUCCCAGCAUUUGUGUAUUCUUGUUGUUUUUGUUUUCAUUUGCUAUUUUAUUUUUCUAUGUGUGUUGAAUUUUCUUGUGUUAAUUCUUUUCAUUUAAGCAGUGUCUAAUUUGUCUUAUCUCUACAGACAAUAGUGCCAUUUUUUAUUUUGUUCAAGCAAGACAAUUAUUUUCCAAAUUUUCAUACCUCAAGUUUCAUAGCAAGAAAAUUCUAGUAUUGUGUUUAUAUUGAUGUGUUGUGUUCUGCAUCACUGUAAGUGUUCAAACCUUUUGUUCUGUGUUUUUGCAUCUAUUAUUUUUUGUUUCAUUGAACAAAUUCCCUCUUAGUGCAAUUUUUAAGUUCUUGUUUUAAAGUAAAUCAUUCUUUGUUUGUUCAGUCAGUGUUGCUUAAGCUGCAAUUAACAGUUAGUGUUCACUCAGUUCAUUCCUUGAUGAUAUUUUUUUUUUCUUGUAAACUGUAUUUUCUUGUGUGUGUAAUUUUUAUUACUAUUGCACAUUGACUCAUUUUGCAAUAAUUCUUGUGUAAACAUUAUGUUGCCAUUAAAAUUUUUCUUUCAGAAAUUUUAUGUACUGUAGUGUUGUGUAGCACUUUUGAUUAGUAAUUAUUAUUUGCAAUAUUGCUACAGUUUAUUUCAGUGCAGUUUCAUAUGCUCUUUUCUGUGCAUAAUAUUUUAUUCUUUGUGUGCCAUUUUAUUUUAUUUUUAGUGAAUUACUUUCCCAGGUUGUUUUAAUUUUGCACAAGAUUUGUUGAUCCCAUUUUAUCAUUUAUUGUUGAAUUUCCCUAUUGCAUUGAGAGUAAAGACAACUCACUGUGCCAUUCAUUCAAUUUACAGUAAAUUUGAGUAAAAUUAGAUUUGAGUAAAGUACAAUUCCUCUUGAUUUUCAAAGUGUUGCUUAUUCAGUUGAGUAUUUUCUUUUGUGAGUGUGAGUUUCCUUGCUUACAGUGUGACCUGUCAAUUUUUAUUUACUUAUGCAGAAUAGUUAAAUAAUUUCUUCCCAUUUAAGUUUACUGUGUUGUGUGUUCCUCAGUUACAUUUUCUUUUAUUUCUCUAAGUUCUUGUUUUACAUUUUGCAAACAUGUCUCAAGUUUUCUCGAGCGAUGCCUCAGCACAUUCUGCUAGUACAACCAUUAAUGCAUCUGUCCCAAAUUCGAGUAAUUCCUUAUCAAACAAUACACACACUCAGAUUUCGAGCCUUUUCAAUUUUAGUCGUGAUCCUUAUGAUGCUAUGCCGUUGUUCAGUGGUAACCCAAAUAACCUAGAAGGAUGGUUUACUGCUGUUCGUGCUAGAGCAAAUGCCUCGGUAGAUGGUCCUCCAUCAGAGAGUUGCUCAAUUAGUAUCGGAAAGGGGAGUUUAGCUCGUUCUCCAGCUGCCUCGCAUGUGUUCAACUUGAUCCGUAUGAAGGACUUUCAGGAUCUAACCAAGUGGCAAGAUUAUGAGCAAUUAAUCCGUAACUAUCUUGAACCAGCGCGAGAAACCGAUCCUUUUGUCGUUCUUAAGGAAUUAGUGUGUGCAGCUCCGAGGCCAGAGGAAUCAUUAGAUGAGUUUGCUCUUCGUCUAAAUAACCUAAUGUCCUCAUUCGUUUAAGCAGAUCAAAGCUCCAAGUACCUUAAAGACAAUGAUAAACC